AUGGGGCGCGCCUUGUUAUUCUUCUCAGUUCGACUCGGGUUGCUUCUUACGGCUUCGGCUUCCAAACUCCUUUUCCAGCCCUUAUCCACGCAGGCCGGAGAUGGCGCGUUUGCGGCCUUACAGCCUAUACCUACCGUGGCCCCGGAAUAUUACGCGUCAACCGAGCUGCUAAGGCGUGAUGAAUUUCAUAUGGGUCAUGAUACAUGCGGAUUUGGUGCUCUCAACUCUGGUAUUACUUAUACCUGUUACUCAAGUAUUGGAACAUGCGAGAAUAUCGGCGACUACAGGGGAUGUUGUACGGGAGAGCUGAAGGCAUGUUCGUCGAGUUUUUGGACCAAGUGUGACGAUUAUGAUCCGACGAGUUUCUGCGGCACGAGUUCAAAGACGCGUUGCUGGUAUGGAAGCACCUAA